GUUUCGUAUAGCGCGACACAGUGCAGCCAGAGGAUAAUAGCGCCAACAGCUCAUCGGAAUCAUGAGUAAUCCCGAUUCUCCUUAUAGAUUUUCGUUGGUUCGGCUGUUUCGAUCGUAACGUCGCGAAGAUGCUGGAGCCGUCGAAGGGAAAGACCAAGAUUUCGGGCAAGUAUAGGGUGAGGCAGCCCAUCGAGAACUUGAAAAUUAGGGUGAAAAUUGUCCAGCAGAAAUCCCUGCUGGCCGAGCUGUUCGAGAACGAAGGCGAGACCCGGGACGGCAACUUCCUCGAGUCCGAGAGCUACGAGUUCGCUUGGCAGGAGAAGGUCUUCGGCCCGUACGAGGCCAAAUUCUACAGAGAAGAGCGCAACUGCCUCACGGAGAAGCAGAAGGAGUACCACCGGCGCCUCGUCGACUCGGCCGAGCCCGAUGAGGGCUCGAGGCUCUACUCCUACGUCCAGGGCGACGCCUACUACCCGGAGCUGGAUCUGCUCACCGGGAAGUUCAGGUCGAGCUUGUCCCUGAGGAACGAGCUCGCGGCGCCGCCCCUGAAGAACAGGAAAGCCUUCGCGGACAGGUACAACAAGAGGCUCGUCGACGAGAAGCCCGACGAGCGGAGGAUUCGCGAGAAUCACUAUCUCUACACGGAGCAGGAAAAUAUGUACAUCGUGGUGGACCUCUCCCCCAAGGACGAGGCCUCGGCCGAGUCGACCGACUCCGAGGCUCUCCUCUGCACGAUAAGCUACGACUCUUCGCACAAGAGCCUCACCGUCAGCCCGGACUUCAGCAGCGACGAGUGCUACAGCGUCGACGGAAUCGGCAUGAGCUACGACUUCUGGAUCGAGCACGUGUCCCCCAGGCCUUCUGCCCGGGAAAUGCAGCGGCGACGAGAGGCUUCCAAGAGGGAACUCCAGAGAAUGCGCAGCUUGAAGGAAGCCCAGCUGUUCCACGAACUAACGGCACCGCAGCCUCGGGUUCUCCGUCUCUUUCUGAACCUGGACAUCGGCUCGGCUUGGGAUUUCGGCCGCGACGAAGCCGGCCUCUUCGUCAGUUACUUCGUCGACCUGCCUACGCACUGGAGAUCGACCGGUCGGAGACUCGCCGGCAGAACGCAGCGAUCCAAGGCCAAAGACGGUCGCGUGAAUUUCGGCUACUGUGCCGAGAUUUCGCUGGAUCUGGACCUCGCGGCCAUCGACGAGUCAGAAGCGAGAACCGCCUCCUGGCCGAGUCUUCUGAUUUCUGUGGCUUCGCUCGACAAUUGGACCAGAUAUCGAAUCGAGGGAUACGGCUCGCUAGCCCUGCCUUCGACUGCCGGCAACUUUGCCUACGAGCUGAAAACCUGGCGACCCUCGGGCGGAAUAAUCGACAGUCUGCGUCGCUUCUUCACGGGAGGCAGCUGCGAGUUGGAUGACAUCACGUAUUGCGCGAUACCAGGAAUGCACGAGGGUCCCAGCCUCGACAAGACAAACCUCCGCGUCGUCCCAAGCGGCAGCGUCGAGCUGCGAAUCAACUGCGUCCAGCAGUCUCAGAACUUCGCCCGUGAGCGUGACUUAGAUCCCAACAGCAUUGGAAGACUGAACGCUGGCAAGCUGUUGAACAGCGUUGACGACGUGCUCGGCCAAUUCAAGGCUGCGAGGGAGCGCAUGAUCCAGGCGAGAGCCAUGUGCUCGUAGACAAAAUGCAAGAUUCGAGAGGGAUGGAUUGCAUGCUCACUAAUGGUGUAUUUCACUCGUCGCCUUCGACGGGACGACAGUGUCUUUCCCCAGGAAACGGAAAACAAAGAAAGUAAAAGAAUGUGCCUUGACAUUACUACAUGCUUUAUACAGCCUUAUCUACUCGUGGGACGGAUCGACAUCUGUGCUUCCGAAGCCGAUCCCGCCAACAUGUUUCGUUUAAUCGAAUAGGUACACGUGUGUUUAACUUUACUCUGCGUAAUAUACAAUUCUAAGUUUUGGAAAAUAAAAAAGAGAAGCGCUCUGGCGAUACAUUUAA